CCAAGAUGGCGCCACCAAAUCACGUCAGUGUCCAUAGGCGAAAGGGACCGAUGCGCGGUCUUCUCUUUUAUUAUGUCUGUGGUUAGCAGCGUUAGCUUUCAGACUUCCUUGAUGUUUAAAGACAGAUUUAGCUGUAAACCACCAUCUUCUUCAUCAUCAUCCAUCUGGAACUAGAGGGAGCAUCGACAGGAGAACCAGACCAGUCCAGAACCUUCAGACGCCUGCCAACCGCAUAACCCACAGCCACCAUGGGCCACUCGAUCCACAACAUUGACAUUAGAAAACUGCUCAUCCACAUGGCACCACACACACUGUCUCCCAUUUGCCCUGAACAGUGUAAACUGGGAUAUAUCCAUGAAGAGAAUACCUUUCCAACCUGCCAGACUCCAUUGAAUGUUCUGGCUUAGCCCUUCCUUGUAAAAGGCUGGACCUUCGUUCUCAAUCAGAAUAAAGCAGAAUACCACAGAAAUGAAACUAAAACCAGAACUGCUGAAGGUCACGGAGAGGGACGGACCAAAAGAACCGGAACCUGAAUGGAUCAAAUUGGAACCAGAACCGCAGCAGAUAACAGAAGCAACCAUUGGAUCAGAAGCUCAGCCAAUCAAGGAAGAGCUGAUGGAACUAUGGGUUUUAAAAGAUGAGGGGCAGCUUCUGGUCCAGAUGGAGACCCAUGAGAAAUUGCUCCGCAGUUUACCAGAACCUGGACAUAUUACAGAAGGACCAGAACCUGGAGAUAUUAAAGAAGAACCAGAACAUGGACGUAUUAAAGAAGAACCAGAACCUAGACAGAUGAAAGAAGAGCCAGAACCUGGAUGGAUUAAAGAAGAACCAGAACAUGGACAGAUUAAAGAAGAACCAGAACAUGGACAGAUUAAAGAAGAACCAGAACCUGGACAGAUUAAAGGUGACCCAGAAUGUCGACAAAUUAAAGAUGGACCAGAACCUGGAUGGAUCAAAGAAGAUCCAGAACCUGGACGGAUUAAAGAAGAACCAGAACCUGGACAGAUUAAAGAAGAGCAGGAGGAAUUUUGCAGAGUUCAGAAUGAAAAUGAGAGGAGAUGUCAACAAGUCAGCAACCAGAAUGACUCCAGAUCAAGUAGAGCUGGAGAUCAGCAUCUUGAAAGGAGAUAUCAGGACAGCAGGAGCCACAACAGAAACAAUGUGGAGCACUCAGAACAAGAAGGUGAUAAAAUCCAGCUGACUACUUGUGAAGUGUGUGGUCAAUAUUUUACUCGGUACAGGGACUUGAUAUCUCACAUGAAAACUCAUGCACGUGAGAAACCAUUUUUAUGUCUGACUUGUGGGAAAGGUUUCCCCAGGCAGCCUGACCUAACAGCCCACAGCAGAACUCACGCCUUAGAGAGACCCUUCCCAUGUCCUGUCUGCGGUAAAAGUUUUAUCCAGAAAACCACUCUUCAGUAUCAUGUGAGAACCCACACAGGGGAAAAACCUUAUCCCUGUCAACAAUGUGAGAAAUCUUUCAGACAGAGAAGUGAUUUGGCACGUCACAUGAAAACUCACACAGGUGAGAAACCACAUCACUGUCAUAUGUGUAAUAAAUGUUUUAGAAAGCGCAGCGAUUUGGUCUGCCAUUUAUUCUCUCACACAGGGGAGAAGCCUUUCUCCUGUUUGACCUGUGGAAAAGGUUUUAAACAACACUAUAAGUUGACUAUGCACAUGAAAAUUCAUACAGGAGAGAAACCAUACAAUUGUGAUUUUUGUGACAAGGCUUUUAGACAGAGCAGUUAUUUGAAGCGUCACCUAAAAUCUCACACCCGUGAGCGGUUGUCGUCAUGUGAGGUGUGUGGUAAAUUUUUCAGUGAAUUUAGUAGUAUGGCCAGACACAUGAAAACCCACACCGGGGAGAAGACAUACCACUGUGGAAUGUGCAAAAAAUCCUUCAUACAGAGGAGUGAUUUGGUUCGGCACAUGAGAACUCACUCAAGGAAGAGAGUCAAUUUAGUGGGGGAUCAGUCAUUGACAGAUCACAGUUAGAUUACUUUUUUUUUUAGAAGACUGUAUUUCCAGUUUGCAUUUGUUUCUGGUACAAGAAGCCAAUCAGAGCUCAUAUACUCAUUAGUGAGGCAUAUCUGUUUUCUCCAACUCCACAUACCCAUAAUCUUGUCCAUGCAAAAAUCUUUAGAAUAUAUAAGAACCAAAUGUUCUGGUAAUUUUCUUGCUUUUGUGAGUACAUUUAAUCUGCUGGUUUGAUGCUCUGUUCUUGAUUUUAUGUAUAAUACAAUGUUAAACAUUUAUUAUUAUUGUUUUAUUAAUUUUCCCUCUUUUAUCUUUGGUUUUUUUCUAUAUUAGCAUACGCAUUAUACACUUUCUGUGAAUGCUGUUUAUGCCUUUCUGUACUGGUACCUGACGUUAUGUACAGUAGUUAAAUAAAGUUUUCUUUGA